AUGGCUCUGGAGGCUAACUUUUUGAUGGAUGGCUCUGCAAGUUCUUUGAAAAAAGACUUUAAAAAUAGCACCCUCUCGCCCUCGCCAAGUUUCUCCUCCAUUCCAGUUUGCGGCGGCACCAUUUCUCUUCAACCCCAGCCUCUCGCAUCCCUCUUCAACCCUAACCCAAGAAAUGGCCGUCUCCUUCAGCUUCUGCCGCGCUGCGCCAUUGCCGAAGCUCUCCUCCUCCGCGCCCCGCUCUCCCACAGCUGCCGCCACCGCUCCUACGCGCCGUUCUCGUCGGCGGCGCUCAUCCUCCGGUUCCCCCCCAACUUCGUGCGCCAGCUGAGCACGAAGGCGCGCCGCAACUGCAGCAACAUCGGCGUCGCGCAGAUCGUCGCCGCCUCGUGGUCCGACACCCCGCCCUCCUCCGCCGCCGCCUCCGCCUCCGCCUCUCCCAUCGCGGAGACGGAGGUUGGAGGCGACGGCGCCGCCGCCCUCGCCGAUAACCCUGUACAGUCGCCACUCGCCGCCGCGGAAGCCGAUCCGAAGGCCGCGGCGCUCGCUGCAGCGUUUCUGAGCUCCGACGGGAGCCUCGCAGUUCAUGCCGGUGAAAGAUUAGGGCGCGGGAUUACUACGGACGCCAUUACCACCCCGGUCGUCAACACCUCUGCAUACUGGUUCAAGAACACGCAGGAGCUGGUUGAUUUCAAGGAGGGGAGGCAUGAGAGCUACGAAUAUGGUCGAUAUGGAAACCCAACUACGAAGGUUUUGGAGGAAAAGAUUAGUGCACUGGAGCGGGCCGAAUCCACUUUAUUUGUCUCAUCUGGUAUGUAUGCUAGUGUGGCCAUGUUUAAUGGGCUUGUUCCUGCUGGUGGGCACAUCAUUACUACCACUGAUUGCUACAGGAAGACUAGGAUUUACAUUGAGAAUGAGCUUCCUAAAAUGGGAAUUUCGGCAACUGUCAUUGAUCCUGCUGAUAUGGACUCUCUGAAAAGUGCACUGGAUCAAAAUAAUGUUACUCUUUUCUUCACGGAGUCUCCUACCAAUCCAUUCCUUCGAUGCGUUGAUAUUGAAUUGGUUUCACAGCUUUGCCACAGCAAAGGAGCGUUGGUUUGUAUAGAUGGAACCUUUGCCUCACCUGUCAAUCAGAAGGCCUUAACUUUGGGUGCUGAUCUAGUUCUACAUUCUGCAACAAAGUUUAUUGCUGGUCACAAUGAUGUUCUUGCAGGAUGCAUCAGUGGUUCAGAGAAACUAAUCUCUAAAAUUCGCCUUUAUCAUCAUGUUGUUGGUGGUGUUAUUAAUCCCAAUGCCGCAUAUAUGAUCAUUCGAGGCAUGAAGACGCUGCAUCUUCGUGUACAGCAUCAGAAUAAUACAGCAUUGAGGAUGGCCCAGUUUUUAGAGGAACAUCCCAAGAUUGUACGUGUUUACUACCCGGGCCUGCCAAGCCAUCCAGAACAUCACAUCGCCAAGCGGCAAAUGACUGGUUUUGGUGGUGUAGUCAGUUUUGAGGUUGCUGGAGGCUUUAUGUCUGCGGAGAAUUUUGUAGAUUCCCUAAAGAUACCAUACAUUGCCCCUUCAUUUGGGGGUUGCGAGAGUUUAGUGGACCAGCCUGCCGUCAUGUCUUACUGGGACCUGUUUUCGUCGGAGAGAACUCAGUUUGUCGGUAGGGACCUGGUUUUGUCGGAGAGAGCAAAAUACGGGAUCGAGGGCAACCUGGUCAGGUUCAGCUUUGGGGUCGAGGACUUUGAGGAUUUGAAGGCCGACAUUGUUCAUGCCCUCGAAAAGAUCUAGACUGUUACCUGCCUUUCCUCGCCAGUUUGUUAUGUGGACUCGAUCCCCUUGACGUUCUUUGAUUUCUAUUCCUCUGAAAAACUUGCUGAGUUCAUUUGAUGAGCAGGGAACAUUUGUGCUAUUUGCAUUGUUCUUUUCGAGUACUUUUCUACUUAAUGCAAUUUGUAUUCAGUGCUGGAGGCUUCAUUUC